AUGGGCCAAGACAUUUUAAAAGCUCAGAGGAAGUUAAGGCGAGAAGUGUACGUCGCUUUGGGCGUCCAAUUUCUGGGAAUCACAUCCCUUGCAGACAGUGUUCUUCUUGUUAAUAAUGUCGUUAGUUUCACUGAGAAUGCCCCCUUCAAAGGUCCCCCAUUGAUGUCAAAUCAGUUAACUGAAAUUUAUCGAACCUUGGGUGAGAACUAUAAUGAGAGGGUCCUGCCUUCAAUCAUUCAUGAAACUUUGAAAGCUGUUGCUGCUCAAUACAAUGCUAGCCAACUCAUUACUCAAAGUGAGAAUGUUAGUAAGGAAAUUCGGAAGAUUUUGACUGAGAGGGCAGCUAACUUCAACAUUCAGCUCGACGAUGUGUCCAUUACGAGUCUGACUUUUGGGAAGGAAUUCACUGCUGCAAUUGAGACUAAACAGGUGGCUGCGCAAGAAGCUGAGAGAGCUAAAUUCAUCGUGGGAAAAGCUGAUCAGGACUAG